AUGCCUCGAAAUUUUGAUUUUAUCAGAUCACUUAAUGACGAAUUCUUUCUUACCGUGCGGAGAGCCCAUUUAAUAAACUUGUAUGAGUUACUUGUAACUUCUCUUAGUGCUAAAAAUUAUUAUCGAGCCAACCGUAUCGUUGAGAUUUUAUUGCAAUGUCCUGAAGUUGACUAUCGUAAUGAAAACACUGAAUGGGUCCAGGCUGGAAAGUUAUAUCACCAGAUAGAUCCAGUCAGCCCACCUGAAGCCGUGCUAAAUCCUCUAAUAAAAUAUUAUGAAAGUGUGAUGGCAACUCAAACCUCUGAUACGGAUCAAAGAUCAUUAGCUGAAGUGCAUUACAACCUUUUGGAAUUACUGUUUCAACGUAUUGAAAAUGGAGAUGAUGAAUUUGAGUACGUGAAAGACGCAAUAGUCCAUUUUAUAUGGUUAGA